AUGAGUCCAACGGCUGUAGCUGAAGUUGAGGCACAAAAGAAGAGAGUAUAUAUGGAGCUUUUCAUCCAAUCCCCUGUCUUUGUCAGCUUUUUCCUUGUUAUUGAGAACAUGGUGGAAAAGGUUACAUCUUUUCAAACCGGUGGGGCAUCUUGGUUCAUCGACCUUACCACUGCUGAUGCUUUCUAUAUUCUUCCUUUAUUGGCUGCCAUUUCAUGUUGGAUAACUGUCGAGGUAAAGACAUUGCUGUUGAUUGUUUCAGUUGCCAUGUCACCUUUUGGAUUCCUUUGUCCUUAUUGUAUAUUGUGUUCCUCAGUUUACCAUGCAAUAUUUACUCUUUUUCCAUCUGGUUUCCAUUUUCCUUCUGACUUUGACACCGUUAAUUGA